GUUGGGAGCUGAAUCCUCGCGCAAGGCCGCGGCAAUCGAUUGUAUGGGCUGUCAGUCGUUAAUGCAUUAUAAAAGCGGGGAGCUGCAGUACCCCAGCACACAAUCGUGACAUCUCUCAUCCAGACAUGAAGCUCCUGAUCGUGCUGUGCCUCGCCGCCGUGGCUCUGGCCCGGCCCCAGAGUGAGAGGGAUGCCGAGAUCAUCGAAUACGUCAACGAGCACCGCGAGGACAACUCCUACGACUUCAGCCUGGAAACCUCUAACGGCAUCAUCCGCGAGGAGUCUGGCCUCUCCUACCCUGGAGCCGACCCCGAGACGGGCAGCUACACCCAGUCGGGCAGCUUCGAGAUCCCCCACCCUGACGGCACCAUCACCUACCUGUCGUUCCUGUCCGACGAGAACGGCUACCAGCCCGAGAGCGACGCAAUCCCCGUCUUCACUGGACGCGUCGACAUCCAGGACGCCUAAACUCGCUAUGUUACUUCAUUAUAUCGUGGUGUGAUUCGUCAGUGAUAUGAGACCCGUGACGGCGACACAUCUGUACGAUAAGCAAUUGUGAUGUUUCUCCAGCUGUGAACUGAAUCAGCAAUAAACGAUCAGGAGCCA